UCCGUGCAUUCUGCAAGACGCUAAAGGCCCCUCAUCAACCUCUCCGGUGUCCGGGAACACCUCCAUGGUAAUAAUUUUUUUCGUUUAUUUGUCUUUUGGAGCCGAAGCGCCUUGCCAGGAGUGGUCGAUUCAGCGGUGUCCUGAAGGCUUUUGAUGCGGUUGUAGAAGGAUGACACCACAUUGAGAGCAUCAUCAAAACGCAAGCAUCAAACAUUCUUGUUUUAUACUUUAAUAUAAAAAAGAAACAAUAACAACGAUACCCUGAACUACUUCUACUACAGCGAACGGAUCGCUUUCCAACAAACUGCCGAAGCGCUGCACUUUGUUUAUGUUGUGCCAACACAGGAGAUAUUGAAGAAGGAAGCAAGACUUGCGGACGGUGUUUUACAUGUUCUGAUCACUCAAGAGUAAAGUCAUUCUCUUCCAGUCACCAAGGAAAAGGGGGAAAAAACAAACAGAACUAUUUUGACAUUUAAUUUAUCGUCACUCUUUUGGAAGGAUCUGGGUUUGCGUACAAACUGUUUUAAUGUUUGGGAUACAGGAGAACAUACCAAGAGGAGGGACGACAAUGAAAGAGGAACCACUGGGUGGUGGAAUGAACCCAGUCCGAUCGUGGAUGCACACAGCUGGGGUGGUGGACGCUAACACGGCCGCCCAGAGCGGCGUUGGUCUGGCUCGAGCACAUUAUGAAAAACAACCACCUUCCAAUCUCAGAAAAUCAAAUUUUUUCCACUUCGUUCUUGCUCUGUAUGACAGACAAGGACAGCCCGUCGAGAUCGAAAGGACAACUUUUGUGGACUUUGUGGAGAAGGAGAAAGAACCAAACAGUGAAAAAACUAACAAUGGGAUUCAUUACAAACUACAAUUAUUAUACAGCAAUGGCGUCAGAACAGAACAGGAUCUUUACGUACGGCUAAUAGACUCCAUGACAAAACAGGCAAUUAUAUACGAAGGUCAAGACAAGAACCCAGAAAUGUGCAGAGUUCUACUCACACACGAAAUCAUGUGCAGCCGAUGUUGCGACAAGAAAAGCUGUGGCAACAGGAACGAGACUCCAUCAGACCCGGUCAUCAUCGACAGGUUCUUUCUGAAAUUCUUCCUCAAGUGCAAUCAGAACUGCCUGAAGAAUGCAGGGAACCCCAGAGACAUGCGCCGCUUCCAGGUCGUUGUGUCGACGACCGCCAACGUGGACGGCCACGUCCUGGCGGUGUCGGACAACAUGUUCGUGCACAACAACUCCAAGCACGGCCGGCGGGCGCGCCGGCUCGACCCAUCUGAAGGUACGGCUCCUUAUCUGGAUAAUGCAGCUACACCGUGCAUAAAAGCCAUUAGCCCCAGCGAAGGAUGGACCACGGGCGGAGCAACCGUUAUCAUCAUCGGGGACAACUUCUUCGACGGCCUGCAAGUUGUCUUCGGCACUAUGCUGGUGUGGAGUGAGCUGAUAACCCCCCACGCCAUCCGGGUCCAGACCCCGCCCAGGCACAUCCCGGGCGUGGUGGAGGUCACCCUCUCCUACAAAUCCAAGCAGUUCUGCAAAGGGGCCCCGGGGAGAUUUGUCUACACCGCUCUGAAUGAGCCGACCAUCGACUACGGGUUCCAGAGAUUACAGAAGGUCAUCCCCAGGCAUCCAGGUGAUCCGGAGAGGUUACCAAAGGAGGUGCUGUUGAAGAGAGCCGCUGACCUGGUGGAAGCUCUGUACGGAAUGCCCCAUAACAAUCAGGAGAUCAUCCUGAAGAGGGCAGCCGAUAUCGCGGAGGCCCUGUACAGCGUGCCGCGCAAUCACAGCCAGAUACCGUCGCUCGCCAACACCGCGUCCCACGGCGGCAUGAUGGGCGUGGGAGUCAAUUCCUUCGGCAGCCAGCUAGCGGUCAACGUCUCGGAGACGUCACAGGGCAACGAUCAGGUGGGGUACAGCCGGAACACGGGCAGCGUCUCCCCGCGGGGGUACAUCCCCAGCAGCACCCCCCAGCAGUCCAACUACAACACGGUGAGCAACAGCAUGAACGGCUACGGCAACGCCGCCAUGUCCAACCUGGGCGUGCCCAGCUCCCCGGGGUUCCUCAACGGCUCGUCGGCCAACUCCCCCUACGGCAUAGUGCCCUCCAGCCCUACUCUGGCGGCCUCCUCGCUCGCUCUCCCGCCAAACUGUAGCAGUGUCAGUGCGCACAGCGCGUUCCCCUUCUCACCUGCCAAUGUCGUCUCCGCAGUGAAACAGAAGAGCGCCUUCGCCCCCGUCGUCAGGCCCCAGGCCUCCCCGCCCCCCUCCUGCACCAGCGCCAACGGCAACGCCCUUCAAGCGAUGUCCGGGCUGGUGGUGCCUCCCAUGUAAUCUGCACUUUUCCUUCUCUCCAGCGUCGCUCUUCGCAAAAACAGGCUUCAGGGGACACAUUUAAAACCACAACAGAGGACGCCGGUGGAACCGACGUCAUCGCGAACAAAGACCGAGAAUAAAUUCUGUUAUUCAGAAGGAAGAAAAGAGACUUUGCUUCAAAGAUUUUAUUCGAAUUAUUAUGAAUCAACAUGCAAGAGAAUUCAUGGAGAACUCCAUUUUACUGAGUUUUUUUCCUGCAUAUUUUCACAUUUUCUUAGCCAGGAGGACAACAAAAGAAGAAGAAUAAAUGCCUAUUUUGUAUAAAGUUUCUGGUUACACCUCGACUGUGUACAGUUCUCACUACGUUUUGGGGGGGGGGAGAGGGGGGGUGGUGGGGGGAGCCGUGGAUGCACCUUUUUGAUUGUGACAAAAAUAACACUAAUGAAAAACGCCUCAGAACUUUUCUCAGUUUAAGAGAUUCACAACUGCUUGUGUGUCUCUAUAAUGUGAAUUCCUUUUUUUCUCUUUCUAUUUUGAUUUGUGGCAAGAAGAAAAAAGGGGGGGAGGGAAAGACGUGUGUGAUCCGUUGAACUGGAAACAAAUAUGGAAUAUAUAAUUUAGAAAACAAAAUGUAACAAAAACAAAUUUACAAAUAUAACUAAGGGUUGGGGAACGGUGGGUGGGGCGGGGGGAGAUUUUAUCAUGCUUAUGUCAUCUUUAAAAUGAACUUUGUAACUUAUUGUAGGUAGAAACUGUAACUUUGAUAUUGCAAAAAUUCUUCUUGCCUUUGACAAGCACACAGAGAUCAGAUGCUAGUUGGUUUAAAGAUGUCCUUCCAUCGUCCAAGCUUCCUGUCUAAGCAAGUGUGACCUGCAACGUUUUUCAGCUUUUUGCUAACACUGUAUACUAUUGCAUUCUUAGGCUACUGUGAAGUCUGUUUCUUGUACCAGAGAGUUGUCCUUUUAAUUCUAGCUCCUUAUUCCCCAAAUGUGUUUUGUAUGUGGUUAUUAAAAAAAAAGAAAAAGAAAAAAGGUAGACUUUUGUGAUUUUGCCAAAGUUGUAGCUAAAUAUUUAUACACUUGUCUUGAAUUUUUUUUGUUCAGUUCCACUUGCAUAUUUAGAAUGAGCUUUUAUUCUUUGUGAAAACGGCAAGGAGUGAAAGACUUGCUCAUUGCAAUUAUUUUUGUUCACACACACGCAGUCACCAAGGGAAUUUUUGUAACAUAUCAAUUAUAAAUAUUGUAUUUAUCUUUGAAAUUUUGUACAUUUCUCUCAUCGUUUUAUUUGAUCUUGUGUGUAUUGUUUGUCAUGGCCUGGUAUCAUGAUGCAGCAGAUUUAAGCCAAGAGUCGUCGCUUUCAUACGCUGUUUUGUAUUAACAUAAUGCAAUGUGCGGACGUUUCAUUUGUAUUUCAGAAAUUUUGUUACUUUGUCGAGACUUUCCGUCCAUUUUUUUUUUUAAAGGAAAAGUCAAAUUCAUUGUUUAUUUUUAUAUUGCUUUUUAAGUUAUCGAAAACAAUUUUUUGAAUAAAAACUGUUUGUUGUAUAGUCAGAUAAAUUGUUUGUGACACAUGGCUGUAAUAAUACUCGUAGAAAAAUGUGCAUGUUCGAAUGCCCCAGAGGGACGAUUCGAUUCGUGGUUGUAAUUUUUUUUAAUUUUGAUUUUUAUUUUAUUUUUUCGUAGAAUGUAAAAACUCACUUUUGCUUUGCCACAUAGCUUAACCGUGUUUACAGGGAACAGAAAUCAAGACGUCUAAAUUUGGAACGUAAACGAAAAGAACCGACGAUGUAGUCUAAUUUAUCAGAAAGAAAAAAAAACUUUUACGAUGCCUUAACAGUGGACUUCUUGAGAGUAACUUUCUGUUUUGUUAUUUUAGUUUAAGUUUUUCGUUCCAUUUUGGUCUUGCUUUUCCCCUGCUGUUUUAACAGAUCCGUAGACCCCAAUUGCCAACCGUUAAUUCUGAAAAAUUAGCUAUGGUGUAUAAAGCACAAUUUUUUUUUUUUUUUAAAUAAAACCCAUCAUGAUUCCUGCCCUUC